AUUUACUUAUUUGGCCAUGACACAACCGUCAGGAGAAAUCUCUCUGCUGCUCUGUAUGCACUGAGAGACAAGAAAGAAGCCAGAAUUCUAUGGAUUGACGCCCCAUGUAUCAACCAGAAUGACGACGAGGAGAAGGUUUCUCAAGUUAUGCUUAUGGAAAAGAUAUACGAU